AUGGCGAAGCGGGCGCUGCGGUUGGCUUGUGUCGCAUUGAGCAUCCUCAUUCUUAGGCACCACGGUGAGUUCCAGGCCUUCACCGGAUCGGUCAUAGCACAAUCAGGAUCGAGGAUUUCACUUCGUUCUGUCGCUGAAACUGGCCUGUCCCAGCUAGCUGCCGUGACCACGCUGUCGAUUGACACCGGCGACUUAGCAAUCAUCAAGGAAUAUGCAGAGACCGGGUUGAUUACCGAUGCAACGACGAACCCCUUGUUCGUCAGCCAAGCUGGAUUGAGUGGAGAUCCGGUUUACGUCGCCUUCGUGGAAGAUGCGAUCGAGUACGCGUGCGGGAAAGUUGAAGGCGUGGAUGAAAGGGUUGCCCUCGCGAUGGACAAGCUGGCGGUAAAUCUGGGAGUGGCGAUUUCCAAGUUGGUGACUGGGUACAUAUCUACCGAGGUGGAUCCCAGAUUGAGUUUCGACAAGGAAGAGACGCUUCGCCGUGCUCGUCGCAUCAUUGCCUUGUACGAAGAAGCUGGUGUACCACGUGAGAGAGUCCUCAUAAAGCUCGCGGCCACAUGGGAGGGCAUUGCAGCCAUGGCGGAGCUAGAGAAGGAGGUGCAAGCUGUUGCAGCUGCGCAGUAUGGUGCAAGGCUGAUUUCACCUUUUCCUGGCCGUGUGUUGGACUGGCACAAGCGGAGUUCAGGCAAAGAGACGUGGAGCCCCCGGGAGGAUCCAGGCGUCGUUGCUGUCGAGAGGAUGUGCCCCCUAGCCGCCAUAGUAGCUUGCUGCCUGCUGGAAGGGACCAGCUUUGUUGGCCCCGGCUCCCUGCCGAUGCUGCCCAAGCUGCGCAAGUCUCGUGCGCUGUCACGGACACAGCUGACGGCAACACCGUCGCAGCGCGUGGCAUAUGCCGCAGUUGUUCAGGUGCAGGUGAAGGAAGGCCAGGAGGAGGACUUCCUAGAGGCGUCACUGCAGAAUGCACGGAAGUCCAAGGGCGAGCCGCUGAAUCAGCGGUUCGACGUGCUUCAACAGCGAGAUUCGCCCGGCAACUUUGCCUUGGUCGAAAUCUACAGGAAUGCAGAUGGGCCCGCCGGACACAAGGAAACGCAGCACUAUCAGCGAUGGCGCGAUGACGUGGCAGAUAUGAUGGCUGUGCCAAGGACCGCAGUGCAGUACGACACCGUUUUUCCGGGAAAGGCGACAGAUUACCACCCUGCAACGCUGAUGCUUGAGAGGUCUCAGGGUGCAGCCGACGUCGACGUCACACACGUCGUGGUCAAGGUGAAGCCUGGAGCCGAGAAGGCGUUCAAGAAGGCCACUCGUGCCAAUGCCAUGGAGUCGGUGAAGGAGUAUGGCAAUUUGCGGUUCGAUGUGCUCCAAAGCGUGGACGACCCAACCGAUUUCCUGCUGAUUGAAGUGUACAGGACGGCUGCCGAUGCGGCCAAGCACAAGAACACGCAGCACUAUCUUGAGUGGAGGUCGACUGUGGCCUUUAUGAUGGCAGAGCCGAGGGAAGGCAAAAAAUAUGUCACUCACUUCCCAAGCGUUCCUGCAGCAUGGAAGGUGGCCGAAGGAGUAAUAUGA